AUAAACUGCCAGGUGCCCAACUCCGCGUUCGUGCAUUUCUGAAGAGUAUUUUAACAUCGAUUUAAUUGAACAUUAAGAUGACCACACAAAUGGAGACCGAGGCAGGAGAUGUGGAGACUUUUGCGUUUCAGGCUGAAAUUGCUCAGCUUAUGUCUUUGAUCAUCAACACCUUCUACUCUAAUAAGGAAAUCUUUCUCAGAGAAUUAGUUUCAAAUGCCAGUGAUGCUCUUGACAAAAUACGUUACGAGUCUUUGACCGAUCCAUCCAAACUUGACAAUGGUAAAGAGUUAUACAUUAAGAUUAUUCCAAACAAAAAUGACGGUACUUUAACCAUUAUUGAUACCGGUAUCGGUAUGACCAAGCCUGACAUGAUAAACAAUCUUGGUACGAUUGCCAAGUCUGGUACCAAGGCGUUCAUGGAAGCUCUUCAGGCUGGUGCAGACAUUUCUAUGAUCGGUCAAUUUGGUGUAGGAUUUUAUUCUGCGUAUCUAGUAGCUGAUAGGGUCACCGUAGUUUCAAAGCACAACGACGACGAACAGUAUCUCUGGGAAUCCAAUGCUGGAGGAUCGUUUACCAUGAAGCUUGAUAAUGGAGAGCGUUUAGGACGUGGUACAAAGAUUGUUCUUCAUAUAAAGGAAGAUCAGUCUGAAUAUUUAGAGGAAAGCAAAAUUAAAGAAAUCGUUAAGAAACAUUCCCAAUUCAUUAGUUAUCCAAUUAAGUUAGUAGUACAAAAGGAACGUGAAAAGGAGUUGAGUGAGGAUGAAGCAGAGGAAGAGAAGGAUAACGAUGGAAAACCAAAAGUUGAGGACAUAGACGAGUCUGAGGAAGGAGAGGAGAAGAAGAAGAAGAAGAAGACUAUUAAAGAAAAGUACACGGAAGACGAAGAAUUGAACAAAACGAAACCAAUUUGGACUAGGAAUCCCGAUGAAAUUACCCAAGAGGAGUACGGCGAAUUCUACAAAUCAUUGACAAAUGAUUGGGAAGAUCAUUUGGCUGUUAAACACUUCUCUGUAGAAGGUCAAUUAGAAUUCAGAGCUCUGCUCUUUGUUCCGAGACGUAUGCCCUUCGAUUUGUUCGAAAAUAAGAAGAGAAGGAACAACAUUAAACUGUACGUAAGAAGGGUGUUUAUCAUGGAUAACUGCGAGGAGUUAAUUCCCGAAUAUUUAACUUUCAUGAAGGGAGUAGUCGACAGCGAGGAUCUUCCUUUGAACAUCUCUCGUGAGAUGCUUCAGCAGAACAAAAUUUUAAAGGUCAUUCGCAAAAAUCUUGUUAAGAAAUGCUUGAAACUGUUUGAGGAAUUAUCAGAGGAUAAGGAGAAUUACAAGAAAUUCUACGAACAAUUCAGUAGAAAUAUUAAAUUAGGUAUUCACGAGGAUAGCGCAAAUCGUAAUAAGCUGUUAGAUCUUCUCAGAUAUCACACCUCUGCUUCUGGAGAUGAAACUUGCUCUCUCAAGGACUAUGUAGGUAGAAUGAAGGAGAACCAAAAGCACAUUUACUUUAUUACCGGAGAGAGCAAAGAACAAGUUGCAAACAGUUCCUUUGUCGAACGUGUGAAGAAAUGUGGCUUUGAAGUUAUAUACAUGACAGAGCCUAUCGAUGAAUAUGUAGCACAACAAAUGAAGGAAUACGAUGGAAAACAAUUGGUAUCAGUAACCAAAGAGGGAUUGGAGCUUCCUGAAGACGACGAAGAGAAGAAAAAGAGAGAAGAGGAUAAAAACAAAUUUGAGAACUUGUGUAAAGUAAUGAAAAACAUUCUUGACAGCAAAGUAGAAAAGGUUUUAGUAUCAAACAGGUUAGUUGAAUCUCCUUGCUGUAUAGUCAGUUCACAGUACGGCUGGACUGCUAAUAUGGAGAGAAUCAUGAAAGCUCAAGCUCUUAAAGAUACAUCUACCUUGGGAUAUAUGGCAGCAAAGAAACACCUUGAAAUAAAUCCAGAUCAUUCUAUCGUUGAAACUCUUCGUCAGAAAGCAGAGGCUGAUAAGACUGACAAGGCGGUUAAAGAUUUAGUGAUGUUGCUGUUUGAAACAGCACUUCUGUCUUCAGGUUUUACACUGGAUGAACCACAAGUUCAUGCUGCAAGAAUUUACAGAAUGAUUGAGUUGGGUCUUGGUAUUGAUGAAGAAACUACACCGGAAGAGCAGAAUACAGAGGAAGUUACUCCUGUUGAGGAGGAUGCUGCGGAGCAAGCUUCAAUGAUGGAGGAAGUAGAUUAAGCUUAAGAUCUGAACAUGACAUCGAUAAUCAAUGUCCU